GUUGUGUUUCUUAUAUCGCAGCGGAUAUCAACUUUUAAGAAAUGUAAAAAUGUAAAUUGCAACAUAUAAAAAUAAUUGUAAAUAGCCAAAGGCAACGUACGCAAUACAAAUUCUAUGUGAAUGGUGUGCGCGCAAACCGAAUGUAAGCGCUACAAUAGCUGAAACCAACAAACAACAACAACAAACAAACAAGCGAACGACAACAGACGUCCGUAGCCCACAAUUGCAAUUGCAACAAUUCGAUGAACAACUUUACAUUCAUAUUCAACAAUCAGCAAAUAGCAAAGGAAACCCAUAGAAGUAGUUGUCGAAGAAGAGGAAGUGCAUUUGCUGUGUCGCGUUGUUGUUGUGCAGAAUGGAACAGGAUUCCACAACGGAGCUGCAUCUGAGCAGAAUACGUGAAGUGAAAGAUUUGGCCGCAUUACCCGACGACGUGCGCGAUGUUGUGAAAGAAGAGGUCAUAUUAGAGAAUCACCAUCAUCAUCAGUUGGAUACGAAAGUUCGCAUGGUCACAUCCUCAUCAAACGACAACAGCGGCAGCGGUGGCGGCGGCGGCAGUGGCGGUGUUGUAUCAGUACCCGUUUCUCUGCCCAUCGGAUCAAUGAUAACUGGGACGGCAUUUAAUGUGAUUACGCCGGAUCAGUUACCGCACUAUAAACCGAUGCUGUGCGUCGACAACAAUUGCUAUCUGUCCAGCAGUACGGUCAGCAUGGGCGGCGACCUCAAAACGAUUGUCAUACAACAGCAACAGCAGCAGCAACAGCAGCAGACGAGCGUCAAUAGUGGCGCUGGUAAUACAAAUACCACCGCCACAAACACCAUUGGACUGAAUCACGAUGGCUCUGGUAGCAAUAAUAGCCAUGACAGCAUCGGUACGCUCGAGCAUGCUGCUGGCGGCGGUGGCGGUGCUGGGAACACAACCGGCUCAACGGGCUGGGCGGAAACGACAUCGAAUACACCGCACUUGGAGGUGUUCCAGAUCCGUUGUAAAACCACCUGCGCCGAACUCUAUCGCAGCAAACUGGGCUCCGGCGGCCGAGGGCGUUGUGUCAAAUACAAAGACAAAUGGCAUACGCCCAGCGAAUUUGAGCAUGUGUGCGGCCGUGGCUCCAGCAAGGACUGGAAACGCUCCAUCAAAUAUGGUGGCAAAUCUCUACAGUCGCUCAUCGACGAGGGCACGCUAACACCGCACGCGACCAACUGCAGUUGCACAGUCUGCUGUGACGACGAAGCAGGUGAGUCAGCAUCGGGCCCUGUGCGUUUAUUCACGCCGUAUAAGCGACGAAAGCGAAAUCAAACUGAUCUCGAUGUGGAACCUGGGCCCAAACGCAAACGCAAUACGCAUAGCAACAAUAAUAAUAACAAUAAUAGCAACACCAACAAUAACAACAACACAAGUGGCAGCAGCAUCAACAAUAACAACAACGUGGACCCAACGCAAGCAACCGCCACCAGUGUGGUGGAUGAUAACAAUAUGUUUUUAACCGAAGACAACAUAACGUCCAAGGAUGAACCAUGGGCGGCGCUCAAUGACAGUUUAGAUACCUCCACCGAGCUGGUUGACCAAACGCAAAUGGGCAAUCCGUAUGAGCGCGAAACGUUUGUGGUGAACAUAAACGAUGCGGGCUCCAUUGCCGUACUGGACGGCAGUCAAUCGAUGAAGAACAUCGAGCAUGUCUAUUGCACCAUGGUCAAGGCAACCAACGAUUUCAAACGCCUGCUCAACGACAUGAAGCAAAACUACGAGCGACGCAUCGAAGUGCUGCAAAAGGAGCGCGACGCAGCGGUCAGUGCGAUGCGUGUCCAGGUCCACACAGACAUGGAUGAUCCCAAUAUAUCGGGCUCAUUACAUGGCAACGAGAUCAUAUCUGCAAAGAAAUGCGCCAACUGCAAUCGGGAGGCGUUGGCUGAGUGCUCGCUGUGUCGAAAGACGCCGUAUUGCUCGGAGUUUUGUCAGCGUAAGGAUUGGAAUGCUCAUCAGGUGGAGUGCGCAAGGAAUCCACAACCGUCAACGCAACAGGUCAUGUUAUUGAUCGAUGAUCAGUCCUAAGCAACGUAACGAAUUGUACAUACAAAUUUUACUACUAAUUAAUAUAUGAUUGUGCAAGGCCCCACACCACCUUCCCCUCCCCACAUACCAUCUCCCAACAAGCCCAGAUCCCACUCUCCAAUUAUCCCUACCAUGCCUUCCCAUUAGAUUUAUGUCCUAUAAUAAUGUAAUUCUUAAACGUACGUAUAACUAUAUAAAUAUGUGUAUAUAUAUUUAUAUAUACAUUUUACUAUCGACCGUAGAAAACAAAAAAUCCAAAAACAAACAAAAAUAAUCAGAAGGAAACAUUUGUAGUAAGCGCAAAUCAAAGCAGAAGCGUCAAAAAAAAAUUGAAUGUCUUCUUGGCAUAGCGUAAAUGAAGAAGUUUAGCUACGAUUUGAGAUAAUGCAACAAAAUCUGAAAAAAAUUUAACUUGUAAUUCAAUUUAAAUUAAAUUUAUAAAUAGUUGCAAAGCGCAUAGCAAAACUAACAAGGUCCCCAACCCGGAAGAACUCCCCCUCUCAUUUUCUGCUUGACAACUUUUUGCAUAAAAACAAAAGUAAAAGUAAAUAAUAAAAACAUAAAGAAAAAUAAAAGAAACAAAAAAAAUAUAAGAAAAUUACAACCAAAAUCGAGAGAUAAGCAGAAAUACAAUACAUAUUCGUCUAUGUAUACAUUUUUCAUUAGACACUAAGCACAUAGUUAAACUUUUAACAUUUUACGAUUAUAAUUUUAUGGAUCUACUGCCCGUCGUUACAAGCAUCCAAUAAAGAUUUCAAAACAACAAAAAAAAAACAAAACAAAAA